UGUCGGAGGCUGUGAAUGUGUGUGUGUGUGUGUGUUUUAUCUUGCGUGCGUUCCUCAGCAGUCAGGUGAAGGCGGACGGCACAUCUCGGACGGCGCUAACCUCCAGUGGGUGUGGACGGAGCCAGGGGAGGGGGGGUCCCUGCGAGUCCCUGCAAGUCCCUGCGAGUCCCACUCGGGUGGUGAAUCUGAAAGAGAGAAUCCGGGACGCCGCAGCCUCAUCUUGUGGAUUUUAGGAGCGAGCGCAUCGGCGGGGCGCCUUUUUCCCCCUCCGCCUCCCCCCUCCCACACCCUGCCCUACUCCCGGGCCGUGUGGGAAUGCGGGAGACUCUCGGCGGCUGAGCAGACAGCUGGGGGGAAAGGCGAUCCAGAGCCGGCUGGCCAAGGAGCAGGAUCAUGCGUCGGUGUAGCGAUUAAUCCGCCCUGUGAUAUCGCCGCGUGACAACACUCUCCCCCUCCUCCGUCCUCUGCAUCUGGACCACCGCCGCCACUCCACUGCGCCUCGCUGCCUUUCCAGCCGGGCUCGUUGGUCGGGCAGCAUCCCAGCGUCCCAAAGGAGAGGGGAUUGUUGAGGAAAGCCGCAUGAUGGCCCGGGAUUUUGGAACGUCUUGUUGUUUUCUGCGCAACAUGAAGACGUGACGGGGCGUUCAUGCCGAGGAAAACUGGCCCCGGAUUUUAACUGCCAACCUUUCCUUCCGUGCGGAUGUAGAACCUUCUCUCCCUCGGCUUCUCUAGCCCUCGCCGAUGUAGAACCUUCUCUCCCUUGGCUUCUCUCUAGCCCUCGCCGAUGUAGAACCUUCUCCCUCUCGGCUUCUCUCUAGCCCUCGCCGAUGUAGAACCUUCCCUCGCUCGUCUUCUCCCUGCCCUCGCCGCCUGGGGUCUUCCCGCGUCAACGUCCUCCAAGUUGAGAGUUGGGCAGGACUCCGGGGCGGUCAUCCCCGCACCCCGCCUGGCCUCGCCAUCGUCUGUGACUCCGGUUCCAAGUUGUUUCUCUGCUCUUCAUGGCGGCCAUCGCCUGCAAUCUCCCUGACCCGUGUUGCCCGUUGCGGGAUUGAGGCCCCAUGAGCCGUAAAGGAGGCCAGGGCAGGAUGAGCGAGUGUUCCGCCGCCACCGGGACCGGGUCGGUCAUCCUGGAGGAGCCCGAGGGCUCGGGGGUCCCGGGGGCCGGUGGCGAGGGUCAAGCCCGGGACGGAGGCCCGUUUCGCUGUGCGCUUUGGCCCCGCCAGCAAACGUGGCUCUGCGCCGUGCCCCUGCUCAUCGGCUUCAUCGGCCUGGGGUUGAGUCUGAUGCUGCUCAAGUGGAUCGUAGUGGGAACCGUGCGGGAUUACGUGCCGACGGACCUGGUGGAUGCUAAUCGAAUAGGACAGGAUCCCAUUUUCCUCUCCAAGCCCAGCGGGAUUCCGAAAGGUCCUGAGACCACCACCUCGACCGCCGCUCCGACGGGCGACGGCAGGAAUGUUUCGCCAACAACGGGGACGGUGGCGAAAGGUAGAACUCGAACCGCUGCUACCACCACCACCGCUAACCCGAGAGGGGGCGCAGCCUCAGGUAGCCUAGCGACCCCUCGCAAUCCUGGAAAUCGUAACGGACGCAUUCCAGUGGGUUUUACGACACCGGCCGCGCCGCCAUUGGCGCCGACAUCGAGUCGGUCGCCAUCCAACCCGACCGUGCUUCAUGACUCGACUCAGAUGUGGACUUCUGACCACACCACCACCGAGGUCACGUCCACCACCACCACCACUGCCCGCAGGCACGGACACCGCAAAUCACCGUCUGCCAGCGUGCCGCCGCUGCACUCGGAGCACUUCAAGCCGUGUCACGACAAGGACUUGGCGUACUGCCUCAACGGUGGCGAGUGUUUCGUCAUCGAGACGCUGAGUGGGCCUCACAAGCACUGCAAGUGUCGCGAAGGCUACCAGGGCAUCCGCUGCGACCAGUUCCUGCCCAAAACCGACUCCAUCCUGUCCGAUCCAAACCACCUUGGCAUCGAGUUCAUGGAGAGCAAGGAAGUUUACAAGAGGCAGCUGCUGUCAAUCACCUCCAUCGCCAUGGCGAUUGGCCUCCUGGGGGUCGUCUGUGUCGCCCUCUACUGCCGCAACAAGAGGAGGACGCACAAACUGGAAGUUCACCUGAAAGAAACGCGGAGUCUAAGAAACUACACCACACACGACAACAUGACACUCAAAUACACGUUACACAACAACACACCACACUACAACACCACACACAACUGCACCCCGCACAAGACCCGCCAGGACACCAGGAACACCAACCAGGAAGUCAGAAGCAACCAGCAGUGUUGCAAACGUCCACCUGCUUGUCGCCAUGGUGACGCCUUUGCCAACAUCAGCACCACGCCGGCCAUCUGCUCCAGAAACACUGCGCAGCAAAGAGGUCUGGCAGCCCAUUGGUCGGCUCCCCGCAGGACUCCGCCCAUUGCCAGUGGGCGGUCCAAGAGUUCUGGCCCCGCCUAUCAGCACCUGCAGGAAGUGGAGCUCGCUGAACAGGAAGCACAACAAAGCGUCGUUCAGCAGGGGAGGCCACGCCCACAUAUGCAAUCGCCAGCGGCUGCGGGGGACCACGCCAUCGCCGCCGGCCCCUGCGGCCUGCAGAGACCAAACGGCGCGGCCUCCGUCCCCAUCAUCGCUUCCGUCCUCGGUCGCCACGACGACGAGAUUUCCUGUAUGCAAACCGGAGCCACGCCCCGCCUGGAGGCGGAGCAAGAGGCGUACCUGAGGGCGUUGGCGCGCAGGCGGCGGCAGGACGGCGCCUGCGCAGCACCGCCGCCGCCCGCCAGGGAAACUGUCUGCUUCCUCAACCUCCAUGUGGGCGGGGCCGGCGGGCCGCUUUGUGACGGCCCCACCCACACCCAGUUACUCAGCCCCGCCCCCCACAAAGACCUGGCCCAAUGAGAAGAGAGGCGAAGGUCACGUGGACACACCAGCCGGAAGUCCUGGGAAUGCACUGACGGUCGCAAACAGGAAGUGGAUUUAUUUCUCCAGACAGAACUGGAAGAACAGAAAGUGUACAAAGAAUAUAUGAAUACAUCUAAAUAUACGGAUAUAAAUAUACGGACGUCUGGAAGUUGAACAGGAAGAAUGAUCCACCUCUUUUUUUUUCUUCUUCUUCUCCCUUUUCUACCGACUUCCUCUCACACGCUUUUCUGUUCGCCGACGAGGGCGGGGCUUCCCGGGUGAUGGCCCCGCCCCCUCCAGCCCGGUCUUUUUGACACCUGUCUGCCAAGAAUCACAGUGAAUGUGUGUGUGCGCGCGCACGUGUGUGCGUGCGCGCCUUAAAAUGUUUUUUUUUUUUUUUUUUUUUUAAGCUGGCUUUUGAUCACUCACACGCUCGCGUUUGCACAAGGAGUUGAGGAGUCGAGGAGACCAGGAGACGAGGAAGCACACUUCGGGUUGUUUUUCAUGCGGUUCUCCAUCUUUGUGGGUGACGAGUGGCGCCACCUUGUGGGCAGUUUGAGUGUUGACAGAAGAAAUAAAUGUCUCUAUGUUGUGUCGUCGCCAUGGCAACCCUUUGUCCCUCCCCCCGGCAGGACAGCCGAGGAACACAACGAGGAGCCACAAUGAUAAUAAUAAUAAUUAAUAAUAAUAUGAUAACAAUCACGCUUCCUGGUGAAUAAAGCAGUGAUGUGUUGUUUCCAUGGUAACGGGAGGAGGACCAAUUUAGAUCGGGGUGGCUUUGCUUCAUCAAAUCUAAAAUAUUGGAGGUAGAAAAUAAAUAUUAUUUUGGUUCA